AUGGCGAGAAGAUCUUCGAGUUGGUGCUCCCUGUUCGUCACCAUCGGUGGACCUGUUUCCGCCUUGAAAUCUUUGACUGGCGCGUGGACCUCGCUGAGUAAAUGGAUCGAUGCAGACCGUCUUGCGAGUUAUGCAGGACGUUAUCCUGAAUGUGCCCGUCUUCACGAAAGCAUUCUUGCACUUGUAUCUUCGCGCUAUCCUCUCGCCUCCACAUGUCCAGCUGCCAACCUAGACUGCCUCAGCUACCCAGAGAACGACCAGAGGGCUGCCCAAUGUCAGAUUCCAUUUCCCCGAUACUUGGCACUGAGGCCGCAGCAAGCAACCAAGCAACAAACCAACCCCAGAGAUUCCGACGAGAAGAUGGAAGGAGAAUGCCUCUGCAAAGCUGUCGCCGUCAAGGUCAACGAUGACAACCUCUUUGGCGAACAGCGCCGGGGUCACUUUUGUCACUGCGCCAAUUGUCGCAAGGUGGCUGGUGGCAUGAGACGUACCGUGUUACUGACCGAGUCCUGGGGUUAUGGGAUCAACAGCUUCGGCGCCAACCUGACCAUCGAGGAAGAAAAGGUCGAGUUCCCCAGAGGCAAAGGCAAUCUCAAGGUGUACACUGUUCGUCGUCGUCCACCACCACCACCACCACUAUGA